CUCCCAGAGCGCUGCCCAAAUCCCGCUCCCAGGCAGCUAAUCAGCGCCACUGCAGCGCGGGGGGAGCAGCCCUGGAGCCGGGCUUGCCCAGCUCACAGCUCUCUGCACACCCGCCGGCUCUGUCCGUCCGUCCGUCUGUCCAUCUGUCUGCAGGAGGCAGUGGGAACGCAGCUCGGCACCAUGUGUACACGGGGGCUACCGGGGCUGGCGCUGCUGGUGGUGGCCAUCACCUCCCUGCCUGGCCUGCGCCCCGCUGCCCCUCCGUCCCUGAGGAGUGCUUUGGGCAGUCCUGCUGCAUGCCACCUGUCCCGGGCCGAGGCAGAGCUCAGGUGCCGCGUCCCCGGGGGACAGCUGUGCAGCGGCAGGGGCAGGUGCAAUUGUGGAGUCUGCAUCUGCCAAGUGACGGAGGCUGGCAAAUACUAUGGUCCGCUGUGCGAGUGCCAUGACUGGGUGUGUGAGACCUAUGACGGGAAGAUCUGUGCAGGCCAUGGGAAGUGUGACUGUGGGAAGUGCAAAUGUGAUGAAGGCUGGUAUGGUGAAGCUUGUCAGUAUCCAACUUCUUGCAAUCUUACACGGAAGAAAAGCAAUGAAAUGUGUAAGAAUUCCCAAGAUAUCAUCUGUUCUGGUGCAGGCACAUGUCAGUGUGGCAGGUGUAAAUGUGCAAACUCAGAAGGAAAUGGACUGGUCUAUGGUAAAUUUUGUGAAUGUGAUGACAGAGAAUGCAUAGAUGAUGAGACGGAAGAGAUUUGUACAGGCCAUGGAAAGUGUUACUGUGGAAACUGUUACUGUGAGGCUGGUUGGCAUGGAGAUAAAUGUGAAUUCCAGUGUGACAUCACCCCUUGGGAGAUCAAGAAAAGAUGCACAUCUCCAGAUGGCAAAAUCUGCAGCAACAGAGGCACAUGUGUAUGUGGGGAAUGUACAUGCCAUGAUGUGGACCCAACUGGUGACUGGGGAGAUAUACAUGGAGAUACGUGUGAGUGUGAUGAAAGAAACUGCAAAGCAGUGUAUGAUAGAUAUUCUGAUGACUUCUGCUCAGGUCACGGACAGUGUAAUUGCGGAAGGUGUGACUGUAAAGAAGGAUGGACUGGGAAGAAGUGUGAACAUCCACGGUCUUGUCCAUUGUCAGCUGAGGAAAGUGCUAAGAAGUGCCAAGGAAAUUCUAAUUUACCUUGCUCUGGAAGAGGGAAAUGUGAAUGUGGCCAAUGCACUUGUUUCCCUCCAGGAGACAACAGAGUUCAUGGUAAAAACUGCGAAUGUGAUGAUCGGCAGUGUGAAAGUGCAGAUGGCGAAGUCUGUGGGGGCCAUGGCAUCUGCUCCUGCGGCCGAUGCAUUUGCCAGAAUGGGUGGUUUGGAAAGUUGUGCCAGCAUUCAAGGAAGUGCAACAUGACAGAAGAGGAGAGCAGAAGUCUCUGCGAGUCAGAGGAUGGUGUAUUAUGCUCGGGGAAGGGUUCCUGCCACUGUGGAAAGUGCAUCUGUUCACCACAGGAAUGGUACAUUUCGGGCGAUUUCUGUGAAUGUGAUGACAGAGACUGCGACAAACAUGAUGGUCUCAUUUGCACAGGCAAUGGUGUUUGUAACUGUGGAAACUGCGAAUGCUGGGAAGGAUGGAAUGGAAAUGCUUGUGAAAUCUGGCUGGGGACAGAAUACCCUUAACAAAGGACACCAGAGACUUAGAGGGUUUUUUUUUUUUUUUUUUUUUGGUCUGACUAUUCUUUAGGCUGCUAGAACAUUUAAUUUGGAAGUAAUCAGCGUGUGGGUGUGCAUUCCCGCACAUAUACAUGGGUGUAAAUACUCUAGAACAGUAAUGUGAGAGUCUGCUCCUUAAAGAAAUGAAUGAGAAAACUAAUAAUAAUAAUAAUUUGGGAGCAGGACAGUCCAAGCUUUAAACGCUGAAAUUAUAAAAAAAACUGGCCCUCUACAGUGUUUUGGUAACUUCAGUGGGGCUGAGAUUACACCCCUAAUGCCUAUUUCUAAAGCAAUCUUUGGGGAAAAGUGUGAGAAAGCCUUUUAUUUUUACAUUAUCUAUUUGGUUGUCAGCUCUCCAUAUCAGUAUGCAACAGUAUUGCAGUAUAAGAGUAGCACUAGUUAAGUAUUUGUCAAAUACUUAAUUUGAUUAAUUUUACACUGUUUAUCAAAUACUUUGUUUGACCCUUUUUUCUUUCUAACCAUCCUGAUUAUUCCCCAGAUCCAGAAGAAGCAGUAAAGAAGCUUAUCAAAACAUUAUUUUUUUAGUCAAAGAAUUGUAUUUGUAUAACUGUUGUUCAGUUACAUGACAACCACAGACUGAAAACCCAAAACGUUUGAAGAAACCCUUGUCUGCAAAAGAACUUCUUAGUUUCUGUUAAAGUGUCAUAAGUUGGUUAUCCAUUCUACAUACUACAAUACUUUCAAAUGCAUAGCCUAUAGAAGUAUAAGGAAUUAAACUAAUAAAGAAAUAAAUGUAUGAUUAGCUAUUCCAAAUAUAUAACCUGCAACUCA